AUGCAGAAAGCUUUACAUCAGCAUCAGGACAUCAUGAACCGCUUUCGCAAAGGCCUCCUCUUUCCUGGGGGCCCCGGCGAGUGCCUUUGUCUCCGAAAACCGAUCCCAAGGCUGGGCAGCGGGAGUCCUGAUGGAGCUGCUGCCAUCCACACGCCGAUGUACUCAUGCGAUACGACAUCCGGAAAGAGGCACUUGAGCGCGAGGGAGGAGACGGAUGAGGCUAUUUUAACGGAUCCAUCCUGCGGCGCGGCGUUCCGGCUCGGGCUAUAG